GAGUUGUUAUGGUCAAAACACUGGGAAUGGUUGUUUCUGAGUAGCUAUUUUUAUGGAUAUAUGGUCGUACAACCGGUAGCCGGUCGUUUGGCUGAUAAGUUUGGUGGAAAGUUUUUUCUUAUGACUGGAUUUUUAGGACAAGCUGUAAUGUUUACGCUGAUACCAGUUAUGGCAAGGACCCAUUUCUGGUUAGCGGUUACAACAAGGAGUUUACAAGGAUUUUUUGCCGGUUUCGCUGUUCCAUCCAUUUAUCAACUCUAUACAGUGUGGGCUCAUCCCACUGAGAGAGCAGCCUUAAUGUCAUUUGCCUAUGGUGGAUAUGCAGCCGGUUCUUUAUUAGUUUUCCCUAUUACCAGUUUACUGUGUCAAACCGGAUGGAUGAUGGUGUUUUAUGUCAUAGGUGGAUUUUCACUUGUCUUAGGCAUAAUUUGCAAUGUUCUCAUCCAUAGCAGUCUCGAUAAGCAUCCAUGGAUUUCUGCUAAAGAAAUUGACUAUCUAAGAGGUGGUCGUGAUCAUAGUAAAAUGGUUCCAGCUAUUCCAUGGAAAAAAAUGUUUACAUCUUGUCCAAUUCUCGCUUUCAUUGUGACACACAUUUGUCAUAGUUAUGGACUUAUAGUUCUGAAUUUAUGUCUUCCACGUUAUCUAAGAGACACUAUGCAUUUCAGCUUGAAGGAGAAUGGAUACUAUUCAUCGGUUUUAUAUAUUGGCUCAAUAACAUCCAGAGUAAUAGUCAUGCUGAUGUUAAGUAGACUUUACAAUAAGUCCAAGUUAAGUCAGACAGUUUUCCGAAGAAUAGUGUACUGCGGAGGAAAUCUUGUAACAGCUUUUGUAUUUCUUGCAAUAACAUUCCUUACCUGCGAAGAACGAAUGGUGAUAGUAUUUUUGAUCUUUGUUGUGGGAGCUUCAAUAGACGUUUCGUUUACUGGAGCAUAUUGGGUUAGUUGUAUCGAUAUGGCUCCAGCUUUUGCUGGACUAUUGACUGGUGUAUCGAAUUCAGCAGCAACUUUGAGUGGAAUUUUAGCUCCACUUGCUAUAUCGGGGAUUGUAACAGAGGGCAAUAAAGGUGAAUGGAAUUAUUUGUAUUAUUCAAUGGCAGCUUCCUAUGUUUUAAGUAUGCUGGUGUAUGGAAAUUUCGGAAGUUCGGAAAGACAGAAAUGGGGUGAUUUUAUAAGUAAACCAACGAAAAUUGAUGGGGAAACUCAAGCUGUGAAGACUAAAUACUAAAUUAGUACUUUUGUUGGUUGAAAGAAUGCUGAAUUGUUUUGAAUAAUGUUAAAAAAAAGAAUGGAUUGUUAAAAAAAAGACCAAAUAUGAUUACUGCUUUGACUGCAAACAUACUUUAA